GGGCGCCCAUGACGGCGGCGGCGACAGUGCUCAAGGAGGGCGUGCUGGAGAAGCGCAGCGGCGGGCUGCUGCAGCUGUGGAAACGGAAGCGCUGUGUGCUCACUGAGCGCGGGCUGCAGCUUUUCGAGGCCAAGGGCACGGGCGGCCGACCCAAGGAGCUCAGCUUCGAUCGCAUCAAGGCCGUGGAGUGCGUAGAAAGCACUGGGCGCCACAUCUACUUCACUUUGGUAACAGAGGGCGGUGGAGAGAUCGACUUUCGCUGCCCCCUCGAGGACCCCGGCUGGAACGCCCAGAUCACCCUGGGCCUGGUGAAGUUCAAGAACCAGCAGGCCAUUCAGACAGUUCGGGCUCGGCAGAGUCUGGGGACUGGGACCCUUGUGUCCUAA